AUGGCGGAGGGUUGGUUGGGACCCUCCGUAGCCAAGGGCGCUUCUUCCCUUCUCUUCCACACUCCCAACGUUCCUGCUCCCUUCUCUUCUUCCUCCACGAGCAGUUCUAGGUCAACACUCAGACAGCCGAGAUCCGUCUCCAUGGCGGCUUCAGCGUCUCAAAACCAAUCAUCCCCCAACUCCUCCUCAGAAAUCUCCAGCCCUAGGCCUACACAGCCAUCUCUUCUCGUCUUCUCCGGUGGUACAGCGUUUAAUGGCGUUGUGGAGGAGCUCAAGAAGUUGACAACUCGAGUGACUCAUGUUCUUCCCGUCUCCGACGAUGGAGGCAGUACAGCCGAGAUUGUUCGUGUACUUGGUGGUCCUGCUGUUGGAGACAUUAGGUCGAGAUGUUUGAGGCUGUCUGAUCAAAGCACGGUCGAGGCUCUGGCUGUUCGUAGCCUGCUUGGUCAUAGACUACCUCUUGAUGCACACGAAGCCAAGUCAGAAUGGUAUAGCAUUGUGGAAGGAAAACAUGAUCUAUGGAAUGGGUUAUCUAGACCAUACAGUGAAACUAUCCGAGCCUUUCUUGUGUAUUUCCAAAAUGAGAUUAUGCGAAGGCCCAAUGAAGCAUUUUGCUUCAGUAAUGGCAGCAUUGGGAAUUUCUUCUUUGCAGGAGCACGCAUAUUUUUUCAGUCUCUAGAUGCUGCUAUAUUUUUGUUUUCACGUGUUUCAGAUAUUCCAUCAGAAAGUUUGGUCCUUCCUGUGAUCUCCACAAAUGACAGGCUUACGUUAGGAUGUGAAUUAUGGAAUGGAACUAUUAUACGAGGGCAAAAUGAAAUUUCUCAUCCAACCAAUGGCUCUAUGCAACCCAUUGACAAGGGAUGUUGUUCAGCACUUCCGUCAAGGAUAAAGCGUGUAUUCUAUAUGUCAAGUGAAGGUGGGAAUUCACUUCAUGAGGUCUUCCCCACAGUAAAUGCUACUGUACUGGACCAACUGAGCACAGUGGAUUGCAUUGUAUAUGCCAUGGGAUCCCUUUUUACUUCAGUUUGCCCAUCACUGGUGUUACGCGGCGUUGGAGAGAAUAUUGCUUUAAGGACCUGCCCCAAGGUUCUUAUGUUGAAUGGUACACAUGAUCGCGAGACAAUUGGGUUUUCUGCUUCUAGCUUUGUGACUGCAAUCGCUGAUGCCUUAAAUCGCAGAUAUGGAGAUCCUCACAAUUGUCUAGGGUACUCUGAAAGCCAAUAUGUGAACACCCUUCUAGUGCCCAAAGGUGGUGCCAUUCCCAUAGACCUUCAUUCCUUGAAUGCUCAAGGGAUCUUUGACGUGAUUGUUGUUGAUUCAGUCGAGGAUCCGAAAGUGGGCAUAAUAUUUGAUCCGGCAUCGUUGAUCAAUGCGCUAGCUGAUUUGAUAGGAAGGCAUAUGAGCUCAAACGUGAAGGUUUAA